GCAAUGUGGGCCAGCAGGAGGCGCGGCUGGCCUCGCCCCCUGGACCGCCCGCGAGGCCUGCGUCCUCUGCCUCAUUACGCUCAGAAGUUCUCCAGACCCACGCGGCGGAGUGAGUGACCCUGUUCUGGCCAGUUCGAUCUCGAGGAUCCAGAGGUGAAGACGGCACUACCUCGCCGCUCUGGCUUCCAUCCGCUUCAGGUCCUUCCUCUGGAGGCGGGGAAGGAGGUACACUCUGCGCGCGAUCCUUGAUGCCCGCCCCCUGCCCCUCCCUCCGGGUGGAGCUGCCUCAUCACUGCCAGACUUAAGCUGAGGCCUGUUGGCUCUCUGGCAGGGUGUAGAACUGAACCCAAGCCACACUAUCCUGUUCACGCUCUGUGCUUGUGCCAAGAGGGCAAUGGCGGUUUCCUGUGUUCUCCUGCACACUGGGCAGAAGAUGCCCCUGAUUGGUCUGGGUACCUGGAAGAGUGAGCCUGGUCAGGUAAAAGCAGCUAUUAAGUAUGCCCUUAGUGUAGGCUACCGCCACAUUGACUGUGCUGCUAUCUACGGCAAUGAGCCUGAGAUUGGGGAAGCCCUGAAGGAGGACGUGGGACCAGGCAAGGCAGUGCCUCGGGAGGAGCUGUUUGUGACAUCCAAGCUGUGGAACACCAAACACCACCCCAAAGAUGUGGAGCCUGCCCUCCAGAAGACUCUGGCUGACCUUCAGCUGGAAUAUCUGGACCUAUACCUGAUGCACUGGCCUUAUGCCUUCGAGCGGGGAGACAAUCCCUUCCCCAAGAAUGCUGAUGGGACUAUACGCUAUGACUCCACCCACUACAAGGAGACUUGGAAGGCUCUGGAGGCACUGGUAGCUAAGGGGCUGGUGCGAGCGCUGGGCCUGUCCAACUUCAACAGUCGGCAGAUUGAUGACAUAUUCAGUGUGGCUUCCGUGUGUCCAGCUGUCUUGCAGGUGGAAUGCCACCCAUACUUGGCUCAGAAUGAGCUAAUUGCCCACUGCCAAGAACGUGGCCUGGAGGUAACUGCUUAUAGCCCUUUGGGCUCCUCUGAUCGUGCAUGGCGUGAUCCUAAUGAACCUGUCCUGCUGGAGGAACCAGUAGUCCUGGCAUUGGCUGAAAAGUAUGGCCGAUCUCCAGCUCAGAUCUUGCUCAGGUGGCAGGUCCAGCGAAAAGUGAUCUGCAUCCCCAAAAGUAUCACUCCUUCUCGAAUCCUUCAGAACAUCAAGGUGUUUGACUUCACCUUUAGCCCGGAAGAGAUGAAGCAGCUAAAUGCCCUGAACAAAAAUUGGCGAUAUAUUGUGCCUAUGCUUACGGUGGAUGGGAAAAGAGUUCCAAGGGAUGCAGGGCAUCCUCUGUACCCCUUUAAUGACCCAUACUGAGACCACAGCUUCUUGGCCUUCCUUCCAGCUCUCCAGCUAAUGAGGUCCUGCCACAACAGAAAGAGUUAAUAAAGCCAUGAGAACAUCCA